AUGGCCGUCGCUGGCGCCCAACGGAAGCAGGUACUGAAAGUGCUCAUGCUCUCACUAUUGAUAGAUCUGAUCUCCUUCACAUUCAUCCUGCCUCUCUUCCCAUCCUUGUUAUCGUUCUACCGCGCCCAAGACCCAUCCCCAGACUCCCUUCUCAACCGCAUUUUCCACUACUUAAACGCCUACAAGAACUCCUUCGCGCGCCCCAUUGACUCCCGCUAUGAUAUCGUCCUACUAGGCGGAGCCCUGGGAUCAAUGUUCUCUCUCCUCCAAGCCUUCACGGCCCCCGUCAUCGGUGGACUAUCAGAUCGGUACGGCCGGCGUCGCGCCCUUCUUAUCUCCAUGCUGGGCAACCUGAUGAGCGUGGUCCUCUGGGUCUCCGCAACCGACUUCCGCACCUUCCUCGCGAGUCGAAUUGUCGGCGGCUUGAGCGAGGCAAAUGUCCAAAUGGCCAAUGCCAUCGUCGCGGAUAUCACGGACGCCGAGCACCGCGGUUCGUCCAUGGCUUUGGUGGGGGUAUGCUUUAGUGUUGCGUUUACGUUCGGACCGAUGCUGGGCGCCGGCUUGAGUACUAUUGACCUCGUUUCGGAAAAUCCGUUCAUUGUAGCUGCCAUUGUCUCGCUGGUGCUUAUCUUCGUGGAGACGAUUUAUCUUUGGGCUUGUUUGCCUGAGACGCAUCCCAGGUUGACGACGCUUCCGAGGGAGAUCAGUACCGAGAAGAGUCACGAGAAGAGUGAUACGUCCAGUGCGAAGAGUGGAAAGAAAACUCUUGUGCCCGUUAAGCGCCCUCAUACAAAUAACCCGGCCCUUCUCAAUGCCCUGCAUUUCCUCUUCCUGCUCCCGUUCUCCGGGCUGGAAUUCUCCCUCCUCCCCUUCUUGACUACCACCCUCUACGCGGGAACAGCGACGACAGCCAGUCCGGCUGCUCUCAACGGCCGUCUUCUGUCCUUGAUGGGCUUGGUCGCCUCGCUCCUCCAAGGCACAGUCGUGCGCCGUCUUCCCCCGCUGGUGACCCUGCGCGCGGGUGUCAUCGCUUGCGCGAUCUCAUUCUUCUGCCUUGCUCACGUUACUUCGCCCUCGGGUCUCUAUGCUGCUGGUGCUUUGCUGGCUGUGACUACUGCGACGGUGGUCACCGGGCUGAACAGCUUGGGCAGUUUUGAGGCACAGGAUGCGGAUCGUGGCGCUGUGAUGGGUCGUUUGAGAGGAUGGGGCCAGGCUGGUCGGGCGACUGGUCCUGUUCUGUUCUGUUCUUUGUUCUGGUGGGCUGGUCGCGAGGUUGCCUACACCGCUGGCGGGAUGGCUAUGUGUGUUGUUGCUAUUGCGGCCUUUGGGUUGUUGAAGUCACCUGUGGUGCAUAAAAAGACUGAGUGA